AUGUCUCAUCCAAACUAUGAUGUGUUUCUCAGCUUUAGAAGAGAGGACACUCGUGACAACUUCACGAGUCAUCUUUAUGCAGAGUUGUGUAGAAAAAGGAUUGAAACGUUCAUAGAUGAUAGACUGUGCAGGGGCGAAGAGAUUUCCUCAGCACUGUGUAAGGCAAUAGAAGAAUCAGCGGUUUAUGUGGUCAUUUUGUCAGAACACUAUGCUUCUUCCACUUGGUGCUUAGAUGAACUCACAAAGAUUCUCGAAUGUAAGGAUAGAUAUGGAAGGGAAGUGAUACCUGUCUUCUACAAGGUGGAUCCGUCAACUGUUAGACAUCAGAGAAAGAGUUAUGCAGACGAUUUUGUUAAACAUGAUCUACGAUUUAGCGACAAAGUGGAUGCAUGGAAGGUUGCUCUAACCCAAGUAGCUAAUCUCUCUGGCUGGGAUUCGCAAAAAAUCAGCAAACUUGUCGAAGAGAUUGUAAAAGAUAUUCAUAAAAAAUUGAGUAGUUGUGUCUCAAAUGAUCACGAAGGAAAGAUUGGAAUUGAAAAGCAUAUUGAAGAAAUUCAGACGUUGUUGCAUCUUGAGUCAUCGAGUAUUCGUAUUAUAGGAAUAUGGGGUAUGGGAGGGAUCGGAAAAACUGAAAUUUCUAGUGCAAUCUGUGAAAAACUCGCAACUCAUUUUAGUUCUAGAGGCAUAGUUAAAAAUGUUCAACAGGAAAUAAAACUAUAUGGAGUAGACCGUGUAAAAAGAAAAUACUUACCACACCUUCUAGAUCAACAAGACAUUACUUUCUCUAGAUUCAAUAUUUCAUUUGAUUCGAGGCUCAAACAAACAAAUGUUCUUCUUGUUUUUGAUGAUGUGAAAGAUUCUGAUCAACUUAAUGAUUUAAUUGGAACACAUAGUAAUUUUGGCCCCGGAAGUAGAAUCAUUGUGACUAGUAGAGACAAACAAGUGCUCAAGAAUGUCAAUGUUGAUGAAAUAUAUCACGUAGUUGAGAUGGAUGAUAAAGAUUCUCUACAACUCUUCUGUUUAAAUGCCUUUAAACAAAAAGAACCAAUAGAAACUUAUGUGAGUUUGACGGAAAAGGUUUUAAAUUAUGCUCAAGGAGUUCCACUAGCUCUUAAAGUUUUAAGAUUAUUUCUUCAGGGUAGAGAAAAUGAGGCAUGGAAAAGUGAGUUGCAAAAGCUUGAAAAGAGUCCCAUGCUUAAAAUUUUCAAUGUGUUGAAAUUGAGUUAUGAUGGACUUGACAACGAACAAAAGGAUAUAUUUCUUUAUAUAGCUUAUUUUUGUAGAGGAGAUACUGAGAAAAGUGUAGUUCAAACAUUUGAUUGUUAUGGUUUUUCUACUCGUAUUGGAAUGGAUGUUUUGCAAGAUAGGUGUCUUAUAUCUAUUUUAGACGGUAGAGUUUGGAUGCAUGAUCGAAUACAAGAAAUGGGACAUGAAAUUGUUCGACAACAAAGUGUCAAUAAUCCAGAAAAACGUAGUCGAUUACACAAACCCGAUGAUAUAUAUGAUGUUUUUCAAAAGAACAAGAAAAUGCAAAAUCUCCGAAUGAUCAAAUUCUAUAAUACUCGUUCGCUUCUAGAUUUCUCUAAUGUGGCAUUUCAUACAUUUUUGAAUAGUUUUCCAGAUAAUUUAAAAUUUCUUGGUUGGGAUGGUUUCCCCCAAAGAUCUUUGCCACAAGACUUUUGCCCAAAUAAUCUUGUUGCACUUGAUAUGCCUUAUAGUAAUCUUGAACAACUUUGGGAGAGAGAUCAGAAUUUACCAAAUUUGAAGAGACUUAAUCUUAGCUGUUCUGAAAAGAUGAUCAGAGUACCAGACUUGUCUUUGUUUCCAAACAUUGAAGAAAUAAUUCUUAGUGGUUGUGCAAAAGCCUUGAAUGUACCAGCUCUCAUCGAAGAUCACUCUGCCAUCGAUUCCGUCACUUUUACCAAAGUUCUGCUCAUCCUGUGCGAGAAACUAAUUGGGAUAGUUAAAUGUCAUACAGAGACAAUAGACCAACAACGACAGCCUAGGGUUGUUGUUGUUGCUCCACCAACUAUCAUAAAAGAAGUUAUUAUUUUGACCGCUGAUUACAAUGAGUUCCUUCUGUUCAAAGCAAUACAUCAACCAUCAUCUUAUGUCGUCGUUGCUUAG